CGGCGGUCGAGGGAACUACAAGCGCGAGGUAAACAAUUUUGAACCAAAUUUGCGAUAUUUUCAAGCCAUGUGUCGCGAUUCCUGACGGUGUGUGCUCUACGUUCAUUCCGUGGUUGCCGGAGGAACCAGAGAAGGAGAGAAGAGCGAAAUACCUCGGUUUUAUAGCGCAUUUCCUGUGAUUUCCGACCCGAAAUACACUGUCCCUUCAAACCCACUGUUAGAGGAACUGCUUGUUGAUUUUUUCACUGUUGUUUUUUCGCUUCUUCUCCUGCCCGGAAGGUGAACGUGAGUGGGUAUUUCUCCUUCUGCGUGUGUUUAAAGGCCCGGUGUGCACCUCUCCUUUAGGCUGUGGAGUGGUGUGGAUCCCUUGGGCCUUUUAAACACGCCUUCCCAGACAUGUUCCGAUCAGCAUGUGAUUUCUUGGGGGUAGAUAACAACAGUGAUGGAGACUCUUCCAAGGAGAACUCACCCAGUGCCCUCGUCAAUGGGCAGUAUUCUUCUUCGUCGUCGUCCUCUGCGGCCGUGGUUGGCAGUGGGGGGUCUCCUUGGGGUCGCACACUCACCCCCCGUCCAGCCUCCACUCAGGGCUCUGUUCUACCCCAGAGGUUGUCGAUGGGCAAUGGCGUGACGGCCUCUCCGGUGUCCUCGUCAACCAAGCAGAAUGUGCCAUGGAAUGAUUUGAGUUUUGCUGCAGAAGUUUUAAGUCCAGGUUUUGCAAGCAGAGUAGUUAGAGAAGCACAAGCACAUAAUGGAAGAAGUCCAGGAGAGAACCGCAGACAAUAUCCAACAGCACAAGAAAGAUACGUUCGAGCAGGUGUGCUGCCAAAUGUACGGCUUGGAGGGCGCACAAAGGCAGUCCUCAGUCCAAGAAGACCACCUACCUCCCCACUCCUCCCUCUUGGCCGAUCUACAGCCACUUUCACAUCGUCACUCUCUUCUGAUUUCUUGUCUUCAGCAACGCCAAGAGAUUACCUGGAGGAGACCCAGAAUCGAGGGAGCAAUAGUACUCCGAAUGGUGGGGGUGAGAAACGUGCUCUGGACCUCAGUCCUGGGGCUCAGUCUAACACCCACCAGUUAAGCCCAGAGAACAAGAGGCGUUGUGUGCUUGAUCCCAUGAUGGCUUCAUUCUCCUCAUCGAAGCAUAUGGAGCUAAGAAUGUCUCAGGGUAGUGGAAGAGAGACCCCAUUCUCCAUGUAUGAUUCAAGACGGGACACAGAUUCUGAAAGCAACCGCAGUGUGGAUUCAGGACAGUCCAAAGCCUCUGAACAAUCCCUACACCAGCAGACAAGUGAGGCCACCGGCGGAGACUCUUGCAUGAUCAGUCCAGGACCCUCAGAACGUGACCCAUCUGACCGCUCAGGCUCACAUACACCCCAAAGCACACGGGGAGAGAGUUGCAAUGGAACAGGGGGGACAGCAAACACUUCUCGUACAUCUACCCCUAGAAACCCCACUCCACCAAGACCCACUCACGUCAUAUCUUUAGAAGCAUACAAAGCAGAGAAGGCCAAGAGUCAGCAGAGACUCAAGAAGAUGCUGGGUAUGCUUUUCCAUGUUGAUGAAAAUGAAGAGAGUCAAUCAUCAAAGUCUGGAAGUGUAUCUCAGCCAACACCAUCCACAUCCUCUACACUAGCAGCAACAUCUAUAGACACUGUAGGAACUUCAACCACAGUAAGUUCUGUAUUGAGGACUACUGCUCCAGACGAAGCAUCAACAAGUGUGUCAAGUAGUACCACUACAACAGCUGAGACAGACAAGAAUGAAGUGACCACAACUUUCACAUUCUCUCUCAAACCACCAUCUACCUCUGUAGUAAAUAAAGAAACUGAUACAGUAAAGACAACUGAAUCAGCUGGGGAUGAGGGUGGCAGUAAUGUUUCAGUGACAGCAGUCUUGAAGCUUCCUCCCCCAGCCAGUAGUGAUGUUACAAGCCUUAGCACACCAACUGUAUCCACAUCUUUUACUGCUGUUACUCAAUCAGCCAACACACCCACUGCUGUAACAUCUUCAUCUGUAGUAGCCAAAAAUCCUCUCUUAGCUGGUGCAACCUCAAGUGAGUCUGCAUUUGCACCCCUGAAACCUGGUUCAGAUUUGAGUCAGAUAAGUGGCAUAAUGCCUCUGACAGCACCAUCUAGCACAGCUAGUGAACAAACCAAUCAAGGAAUGUUUAGUUUAGGGAGUACCUUAUCAAAGACAGCAUCUCAGGUCAGUUCUGGUACAGCUGUGUCUUCAGCCUUCACUUUUGUUGUUCCUGGUUCUAACAAAUCAUCCUCGAUUACUUCUGCAGUUAGUCCAGCAAGUGCAACAGAUGGUAAAAAUGUAGAAAACCAGCAGGAAAAACCUAAAGUUCCUGGUGCUUUUACUUUUGGCAGUCAAGCUGCUCCUGCAAAUACAAGCACUAAUAGUCAAGGAGUAUUUGCUGCUGCUGAUCCAAAAACAUCACAGGGAUCAUCUGCAGUGCCUCCUGCAGUGCCUCCUGCAAGCUCAUCUUCUCCAUUUACCUUUAGUGCUGGAAGUGAUGCAGUAUCUGGUCAGAGCUCUACAUUCACUUUUGGUCCCAAAACUACUCAGACUGAGGCUUCCACACCAAGUCUUGGGUUCUCUUUUGGAUCCCAAGACUCCAAAGCACCAGCAACUUCAACUCUGACUUCAGGAGCUCAGACAACUUCCGUAGCUUCAGGUUUCAGUUUUGGAACAUCAUCUGGUCCUACUGUUGCUACAACUUCUGCCCCUGCUCCAGGAGGUUCAUCUGUGUCUGCUACCUUUACUUUCAGUCAGGGAUCUGCUGCCCAGACAUCUGCACCUAACACAAGUUUCAAUUUUGGAUCAAGUAUAGCACCACCAACAACAGUCACAACUACUGCAACAAGUUCUCCUUUCCAGUUUGGAGCUCCAGAUCCUAAAUCAACAACCACAGCAACAAGUAUACCUUCAUUUACCCCUAGUACACAGAGUACUUCAUCUUCAAGCUCCUUAUUUAGCUUUGGAGCAUCAGCAAAGGCUACACCUGCAGCCACAUCAUCUAGUUCUCCAUUCAGUUUUGGAACAAUGAAGGCAAGCAAUCCUCCCUCUUUUGGUGCCAGUGUUGAUACAGCAAAACAAGCUACACCAAGUGGAGCAUUUACUUUUGGUUCUACCCCAGCUGCUACUACCACAGCUACAUCAUCCCCUGGUUUCAACUUUGGAUCAUCUGCAGGAGCUACAGCUGCACCCACAUCAACAUCAACAUCAGCAACCUUCAACUUUGGAUCUCCAGCAGUGUCACAGGCUUCCUCUGCUUUUCAGUUUGGAUCUACAGAUAAGCCUGCUCAAGUUGCUACAACAUCAAGCAGUCCAUUUUCAUUUGGUAGUACUGCCAGUAAGCCUCCUAGUUUCGGUGCACCAACAAGCCAAACACAGUCACCAUUUAGCUUUGGUUCAAAUGCUGCUACUGGUUUGGUUCUACUACAGGACAGGGCUUUGGUGCUCUGCCAACAAAUACUCAAGGUUUUGGAGCACCAACAACAAAUCCACCAGCCUUUGGCUCAACUACAAGCACAGCAGCAUUUGGUACACCAAAAACCACCCCUUCAUUUGGUGUACCAACAACAGCACCCCCAGCAUAUGGUGCAACAAGCAGUCAAACAAGCACUCCUUCAUUUGGAACUGUAACGAGUCCUCCAUCAUUCGGGGCACCCGCAACAAGCACCCCAGCUUUUGGCUCCACCACAAGUACUCCAGCCUUUGGAUCAACUGCCAAUCCUCCUGCUUUUGGAGCACCAGCAACAACUGCCCCAGCCUUUGGAUCACCAGCACCCAGCUUCGGUAGCACAGCCACAAGUGCAACAUCUCUAUUUGGUUCAUCUACAGGCUUUGGCUUUGGAGGAGCUCAAGGGGGCAGCAAGGCAAGUACCCCAGCAAACCCCUUUGAAACAGCACAGGGAGCAACUUCGCCUUUUGGAAGCACAAAUGCUUUGCCUUCCAGGCUUCACAGACUCCUUCCUUUAACUCCCCAGCCUUUGGGAGUAGCUCUACACCAAAUGCCAAAAGCACACCAUUCCAGUUUGGUCAAACAGCAGCUAGUCCUCCAUCGUUUGGUGCCACACCUGCAACAGGAGGGACAGCUCCUCCAGGAGGGCCGGUGUUCCAGUUUGGCAGUGCCAACCCACCUUCAUUCAAUGCAGGGGCGUUUAAUUUUGGUGGACCGUCUAUGCCAGGGGAUACUCAAAACAUUUUCAGUGUGGGUAACAACCCAGCCUCUUCAGCUCCAAGAAGAACACGGGCAAGGGCUCCAAGACGACACCGCUAGCCAACUCACACUUGAUACCCAGAUAAUGAUAAUGAGGCGACUCUUCAUCCUUUGUUACUGAUGCCCUUUGGACCUUCCUUCAAAGCUGUUCCUGCCCUAUGGUUCUUGAGGGCAGGAUCAAAAUCAGAGCCUGUGCAAAAUGUACAGACUUCUCUUUAGGGCUGCAACAUGAUGUGGCUUCCUUUUUUCAGCUCUGGAGAAACUUGUAAGCACACUGGUUAUAGGAGUGUCAAUUAUGUGCUUGCUUAACAUGGUCUGCUUACUGUGAAAAAGGAAAUGCAAGUGUAUAUUUAACCAAGGUUGACAAUAUUACCUAAUGGGAAUCCGUAAAUGAAAGCAUUAGUAAUCCAUAUCAUAUCAAAUAAAUGUAUAAUAUUGUAUGUGUGUGUUAAUUUGUUAUUGUGAACACUUUGCUGUAAUUCAGCAAAGCUUUACUAUGUAUUUUGAAUUAACAUCACUUGACUUUCAUAAACAUCAUAUUUGUCCAACUAAGAAGAGAUGCCCAAAGGUUACCAAGAAUAGAUAUCUUGCUGAACAUUAUCAAGCAAUUUUCCAUAAUUAGAGUAUCAGUUUUGGUGGCAUUAUUUAGACCCAUAGAGCUGCUUCUAGCUAACAAGGGUGUAGGGUCUCAUACUGCAGUGUAAUUUGAGUACUCUUGUAAUUACUCUACACUGAAUAGCAAAUUAUUAUAUCGUAACUCAAGUGUCAUAAGGAAAAAAAAUCCUCUCUUUUCUAUCACAACUAGUUUAUAUGCUUUCAGCCAUUUUCUUGAGCCUGUAUUAUUGUGACACAAAGGAACCUUUUCAAUCUGUUUAACAUCCACCAGAAGGUAAACCAUGAUAGACUAAUAAUUGGGAAUAAUCAUUAUGUAUGUUGCUUUUUUUCUGUACUUUUAUUAUUUUACUUAGCAAAGAGGCACUCCAUACACUUGCAGCCUUUUGCCCUUUGACAACAUUUUGCCUUUUUGUGAUUACAGUGUCAUUGUAAGAGAAACUUAAUCACUGCCCUUUGCAGCUUCUAUUCCAACUGGCCCUGUUAAGUGUGCCACAUUCUCUUGGGUCACUAGCAACAUACUUUAGGUGUUGUGGAUUGUGAAGACAGGGGUUAGGGGGAAGGGGGGUAUGGGAGGAAGUUACCUGUUCCCAGAACUAUUCAUAUUGAUAUUGUAUGUGUUUGGGAUUGCAGGUAUUAGAGGAAUUUAAGUGAUUAUAUGUCAGCCUAUAUGGUAAUUGUACUGUACUACUGACAUUUUUUAGUGUUCAGUUGAAUGAACAAGCAAAAUCACACAAUGUUGCGUUCGGUGCUAACUCGUUACAUAGUCCAUGAAACCUUUUCCUGCUGACCUUAAUAUUA